AUGAUACCGAGCCAAAACAUGCUUCCAACACCACCGUCAUCGCAGCCUUCCACGCCCACGCACAGUCGAGUUGCCGACCUGAGUCUGGAUGGAGAACCUUUCUCCUCGCAGUCGCGAAGCCGGAGAGCGUCUUCAAGUCCUUCGUCCAGGCUACGAGGACAAGAUUUGUUUGACUCGCGUGUGUUCCAGAAUGCCGAGUCAACGACGGUGUUCUACCAGUUCAUAGCAUCAAUGCGACACAAGAUACGCGACGAGGUACGCUCGACUAGCUCGGUCCACAAAUUCAUUAGAGUCCUCCGCGAUGGUGGUCGGUUGAUGAGGUGCUAUACUCAGAAUAUAGAUGGCUUGGAAGCAAGAGAAGGCCUUGUGACGGACCUGCGGCGCGGCAAGGGAAACAAGCGGCGGUUCAUGAAGAAGCACUACGAAGCACCACGUCCUGCGCAGACUGUGUCCACGGACUUUGACGGAGGAUGUGAAGUUGUGCAGCUCCACGGUGACCUGGACAAGUUGCGCUGCACGAUGUGCUCCACUCAAUAUGAAUGGGGGGACGAGGAGACUGACAUCUACCUGGAAGGAGCUGCACCGAGCUGCCCCAAAUGCAAAGAGAAGAGCGCAGACCGACAGGCCACGGGAAAGCGAGGUCUGGCAGUAGGUUCUCUCCGACCAAACAUCGUACUCUACGGAGAAGAUCAUCCUUCCAACACGCUGCUCACUCCGCUGAUUCCUUUCGAUGCUGGUUGUCGACCGGAGGUGCUGGUGAUAAUGGGGACAUCUUUGAAGGUGUUUGGUUUGCAGAAGAUUGUGCGCGAGUUUGCAAAAGCCGUCCAUUCGCACAAGAACGACAAGGGACGCGUCAUAUUUGUCAAUCGCACUCGACCCGCAGAGAGCGUCUGGGAGGGGAUAAUCGAUGAUUUUGUGGCCAUGGACUGCGAUGACUGGGUGGAUGAUUUGAAAAAGCGCCGACAUGAUCUCUGGCUUCGACAAGGAGAAAUUGACAUGGCCGUCUCGAAAGCAGCACAGCCUAAGCGGAAGCGGAAAUCGAUCGAGGACGAGAGUUCCAAGGAGAACAGACCAUCCAAGAAAGCAAAGAUCGUUGUCGAAGUGCCCUCCCCGAAUGCCGCAGAUGGAGGAAACCCUUCAGCCAUACUGUCAAGGAGGUUGAUAAGUCCAAAGAAGAUCAAACUACCUCAGGAUUACCCAGGACGCGCGAUACUCUCACCCUUAGCAAAAGCAAGGAGACCACCGGUUUCGCCCUUCACAAGUCCCAUCAGAGGCAACAACGAGUCGCCCCUACCGAGUUCAAGGAAGCGAGGAACACCUAUGCGGCCGCCAAUCUCACCACUUAGCAGUCCCAUUCUGGCUGACACUGAUAGAGAGCCGUUGAUCUUGAAGAAGUGGAGUACACCUAAGAGACCUGCCUUUUCUCCUUUCACACCAGGGCUGUGGACUGGCAGCAAGCUUAAGAUGGAGGUCUGCCGGGAUGAGAACGAGUUCUUCCCUCCCAGUCCUUGCACGGUCGAUCUUGAGGUACAGCCGGAGCCGGAUGGAGACACUGUUGUCAUUACCGAAUUCCAGCAGUCUGGUCAGGUGGACGAGCCCAGAGGACUGCCCUUCAUGGUACAGGUCUGGCAGCGAGUGCGAGAUAGCUGCGGCUUCUCUUAUGCGCAGGAGCCCAACUCAAGCCAGCAAACAAAUGAAGAUGAUGUUGGUGAGGUCGACACACCGACUCGAGGACCCAGAGGGCGGAAAAUCGAUGUCUUAGCAGUGUGA